AUGGAGCAGUGGUCCUCGGACCUCUCAGAAGGAUACAACUGGAGAGACCCGGAGUGGUGCCGGGUCGGACCUUGGUGGAAGCUCUUCAGGCUUGAGACUGCCAGGGCCAAGCCGCGUGAUGAGCUACGUCAGGAUGGCGGCGAGUCCAAAGAGCCCAAAGUCUUGCCGUCACAAGCCACUUUCUUGAUCAACCUGAGGAUGCUAUCUGGCAAAGCUCCCUGGUCCUUGGACGAUGUUGUUUCAUCUGGUGCCCAAGAGAGUAACUACACCAACGACCAAGCAGCAAGUCCCACAAGCCAGCAGGCUACACAGGACUCAUGGCGUUGUGACGAAGGGAUACCAUUGAUUGGAAGCUGCACGUUCAGCAAGUAG